AUGCCUGAGUCUAUUGCCAACCUAAAGAGAGAAAAUAACGAUCUCAAAUCUAAAGUUUCAACGUUAACGGAGGAGAUUUCAAGACUAAAAGAUUUAUUUCAACAACAAAGCAGCAGUGCCGCCCCUUCUGCUAAAGAAAAAUCUCACAGCCUUGAAUUCCUAAGCAAGGAAUAUGAUGACUUUCUCUUCAAAACCACUGCCAACAAAGAGCUGCAACGACUAAGUUCACAACUCUCACAGGUCAAGGCCAGGGUGGACGCCAUUGCAAACGCCAUCGAUGAAUUCCAAGAAUAUAGCUUUCAAUACAAUGUUAAAAUUGUCGGUGUUCCCGAGGUGUGUUCUGACGAAGCGGCUUCAACAACAAGUAAGCUUUGUGUAAAAUUGUUUAAAGAAAUGGGAGAGAAUAUAUCAAUCCAAGAUAUUGACACUGCCCAUCGUGUCCCGCAAAGAAACAACGCCGGAAAUCCAAAGCCUAUAGUCUGCAGAUUCGUGAGACGGCUGGUUAAGGAAUCUCUAAUGUCUCAUCGGAAAGAAAUUAGCAAUGUAACCCCAGCUGCGGUUGGUCUACCAGAAGGGUCUUCAUUGUCUUCGGCCAGAAUUUACGAUCAUCUUUCACCAAGAAUGCAAGCAGUCCUAUUCCAGGCUAAAAAAGUUAAAGAAGAGCUCCACUAUCAAUAUUGCUGGUCAAAGGGUCCCGUUAUUUGUUUACGAAAAGACUCCACAUCGCGGAUAAUCAAGCUCAAGAGCAUGGCGGACCUCGACGAACUUAAACGUAAAUUGGCCAUUGAAGGUUAG